UAGCUUUACACAAACGAACAUUUUAAAAAAAUCAUUUCAAAAUAUCGAAAUAGCUUUCUAUUUUUCGAAUAAUUCGAAUUUGAAUUGUAUUCCAUUUAUUCUAACUCGGAAUUCAGAAGGGACAAAAAAUGAUUCGAAGCGUAUUGGUUUUGGUGUUAUUCGGAAUUCUGUUUUUGAAUGAAAAAUGCAUAGCUUCUACGGAAGAUGAUUAUGAGUAUACGGACGAAACUACUACAGUUGAUCCCCCUGACGAUAGGCAGCCCGUAGCUUUGAGCGAUAGCCAAAAAAAAGAUAUGCUGAGAAUGCUAAAUAAUGUCAGAAGACAUCCUCCUGCUACAACUCAUAAAAUGAUAAAAUUGAUGUGGAAUGAAAAAUUGGCAAAAUUCGCAGGAGAACGAGGGAGAAGAUGUCCAGAUAUGCUCGGUCCACCUAACUGUUUAAAAUUCAUGAAUCAAAAUCUAGAUAGAGGAAAAGGAAUAUUUGCAGAAGCAGUUAAUGAUUGGAACACUAGGUGGACGUAUAAUUACACUGGAAACGCUUGCGACUACGAAAAAUUGGGAUGCUUAUAUUAUAAGACGUUAUUUUGGGCUGAAAGUUAUUACGUUGGAUGCUCGCUGGUAUAUUGUCGAUAUUUUAAUGUUACUACAUGCUAUUUUUAUCCGGGUGGUGAUAGAAAAAAGCUUCUUAACGAGAGUCCUUUUGAAGAAGGAGAACCAGGCUGUAAACCUGAGCUAUGUCCACCUCAAGCUCAGAAAUGUGAUACAGAAGAUCCCGAUUUUAGUUUAUGCGAAAUGACAUCGUUUCCUGAAAUACCUGAUUCAGUUCUUAACUGUGCUCUGAAACAGACUACACCUUUGGUACCGGAAACGUCUCCGAAGCUGCAUACCAGUACAACGUAUAGAACUACUGAUGUCGAUACCUCUGGUUUCAAAAGUGCAUCCACUGUCAUGAAGGAAAGUAUAAUAAAAUUAGCACUUUUUCUUGUAAUGAUGAUUACAAAUUCCUUCUACAUGUAACAAUUAAUAAAAUACAGCAUUGUAUUUCAAGUUAUACAUUGAUUUUAACAUUUGGCAUAUUGUAUAUACUUUAUCAAAAUU